GUAAAAAGAAGGCAACCGACAAGUGAACAAAUACAAAGCAUCCGUACCUAUCCCUGUUCCAAUUUGAACAGUUAUAUGGAUCAAUGUCUAAAUUCCAAGAGGAAGAGCUAUAGCCAAGAAAGGUUAAAAAUCUUCUUUGACUAAAGAAAAACAAUCAUAGCAUUUACAUGAACUUCACACGUCCCUCCAAAAUCAAAAAGUAAAAUAUGAAAUAAUGAUUCUCUCUAUACAUAUAGUCAUCAUUUAGUUAACAUUCUGGACACUGAUCAUGGGCAAUUUCAAGAAAGUUUGUGUAUUCUGUGGAAGUAAUUCCGGGCAUAAAAAGAUAUUCGGCGACGCAGCACUUGAGCUUGGAAUAGAACUGGUAAAGAGGAAGAUGGAUCUAAUCUAUGGAGGAGGAAGCGUUGGUCUAAUGGGUAUGGUUUCUCAAAAGGUUCAUGAUGGUGGAUGUAACGUUCUCGGAAUAAUUCCAACAGCUCUGGUUCCAAUAGAGAUAUCAGGACAAGCAGUAGGAGACGUACUGACUGUUUCGGAUAUGCAUGAAAGGAAGGCUGAAAUGGCUAGUAGAGCAGAUGCUUUUAUUGCACUUCCUGGAGGAUAUGGAACUAUGGAAGAAUUGCUUGAGAUAAUUUCAUGGUCACAGCUUGGAAUUCACCGCAAACCAGUUGGUCUCUUGAACAUUGAUGGGUACUAUGAUUGCUUACUUGGAUUAUUCGACAGAGGCGUAGAAGAAGGGUUUAUCAGGAACUCAGCCAGAAAUAUUGUGAUCUCGGCCAAAACUGCUCAAGAGUUAAUAGAGAAGAUGGAGGCUUAUGUGCCAUUGCACAACCAAGCGGCGCCAAGCGAAAGUUGGAAUGUCAAAGAUCCUGCAGUUGCAAACUUAUAGUCAACAAUUUAUGCAUCGUUUUUGAACUUUCCAUUCAAUGCCACCUUCGUAUUUGAGUAACGGCAAGUGAAACGAAAGUGAAUUGAUCUUGAGAAACAAGAAGCUAGUUUAAAUUAAUUUGUACUUAUUUUUAAGCUUAUCCAAACAUUCUCUUACAAAUGCAUUGAAAUAUUGUGCCA